UGCCUUAAUUUUCAUUUUCUAAUUUCCUCAACCAAACAUUGGCCGGAUAUCACUUCUAUGUUCUUGUCUCUAUGCGAUAUUAUGUUUGAACAAAACUAGUUCUGUGUUCCCUUAUAAGCUUAAAAUUCUUUAAUAUUCGUUCUCACCAGGCGUAACAGCACUUACAUGAGUGAAGCUCAGCGAAGUGCUCUGAACGCCUUGCUAUUCCGCACUGGUGACCAAUCUAGAGACAUUGCCCUUGUUCUUGCCACAAACAGGCCGGGGGAUCUUGAUAGUGCUGUGACAGAUCGCAUUGAUGAAGUUAUUGAGUUCCCAAUUCCCCGGGAGGAUGAGCGCUUCAAACUGUUGAAGCUUUACCUGACAAAGUAUCUAUGCGGUGAAGGUGAUAAAGAUUCAAGAUGUGGCAGAUUCAUUAAGAAUACGCCACAGAAGAUAACCGUGAAAGACCUAUCAGAUGAUGUAUUACGAGAAGCUGCCAGAAGGACUGAAGGCUUCUCAGGCCGUGAGAUUGCAAAACUGAUGGCAAGCGUUCAAGCAGCCGUGUAUGGAAGGCCCGACUGUGUUCUUGACUCGAUUCUGUUCCAUGAGAUUGUGGACUACAAAGUUGCGGAGCAUCACCAACGGAUAAAACUUGCAGCUGAGGCUUGAAAGGGUCGAGGCUUAGCCUAUGAGAUUAUGGGAAAGUUGAAUUGAUUCGGUAAGUCCUCUUUUAAGCUAAUACUAAUAAAAUCUUGUUUUCAUUCAUUAAAGAGCAUAUUGGGAUACUAUAAUGUUAUUCAUUUAUUCCUUGAGUGAAAUCAUAUUACAUAGAGCUUACUAAUUUUGACUCUGAACAUUGGUUUGUAUUUUGGUUUAGAUGAAAAAUUAUUUUCAACCAUUACAAAUACUUGUCUUUAGUUUGUGUUUCUUAUCUUGGCUGAAGUUGAAUAGACAUUGUAAUAUGCACUAUUCAAAUUUUUGAAUGAAAAUUGUCGGUUCCUA